AUGCUAACUCACUCGAAUCGCUCACCCUACUUUAAAGGCCCGUGGUACAGCGUCCUUUAUCCCAUGUACUCCUUGCAGCCUGUCCGAGACAAGGAGGAGAAUGCUCAGCGCCGCGGGGCUUGGGAUCGGGGGUUCAGCUCCAAAGCACUCAGAGACUACGAGUUCCUGGUCGCAGAUUACACCAACCAGCUACUCUCGCAGACCGACGCACACAAGGGGGAAAGUUCCAUUCUCACCGUUCUCACCGACUGGUUCAACUUUUACAGCUUCGACGUCAUGGGAGACCCGAGUUUCGGCAAGUCCUUUGGCGUGCUGAAGGAGAGUAUCAAGUACUGCUUCAUGGCCUCCUUGCAUCAACACAUGCAGUCUAUCGGCAUGUUCAGCCACGUGCUCUGGCUUUUCCCCAUUUUGAGGAACACGCCAGUGCUAAACGCGAACAACAAGCGGUUUCGGAGGGUUGUCAAGUCUCGGGUGGACGAAAGAAUCAAGAACCCACCCAGCCGUCCCGAUAUCUAUUCGUAG